AUGCAGAGCGUCGACGGAAAGGCCGAUAACAGCGGUUCGCAAAUACAUUAUCUGUCUAGCACCAAUUUUAAUGGAACAGAUAAUUACUGUGAACAACUUGGGUGGAAAAGACUUCAGGAAUAUAGCCCAAAUCAGAGGUCUUGGAAGUAUCUUAGCACAUUAGCGGAAGGCAAUGCCAUGCAGGAGGACAGCUUGCCCUUUGAAGGUGAAUUUGAAGAAGAAGAAUAUUACUACCCAAGCUUGCCUUUCAUAGCUCGCUUUUCUUGCUUCAAGGCUACGGAAUUGAAGGUGACUUGCUUACUAUGCUACUGCUUAGAAGGAGACAACAUACAUGAUGCUUUCCAUUUGGCUGAGGCAGCAUGCAAGGUUCUGGGUCAGAGUCCCACUAAUUUCCAUGGCAACGGUAAUGAUAAAUGGCUUAUUCCAAUUUCUUGGAAGACUCUAUAUGGACCUCCGAUAUAUAUGUCUCUAUUUUAG